ACUCCACCAUUUUCUCUCUCAAUUUUCCCGAGAAAACUAGAGAGAGAAAGUAGGGAUCAGUAAUGGCUCGCGAGAACUUCGUCUACAUCGCUAAGCUCGCUGAGCAAGCCGAGCGAUACGACGAAAUGGUGGAUGCGAUGAAGAAAGUGGCGAAGCUGGAUGUGGAGUUGACUGUGGAAGAGCGGAAUUUGCUUUCGGUUGGGUACAAGAACGUGAUCGGAGCGCGAAGGGCUUCCUGGAGGAUCCUAUCGUCGAUCGAGCAGAAGGAGGAGGUGAGAGGGAAUGAGCAGAACGCAAAGCGGAUCAAGGAGUACAGGCAGAAAGUGGAAUCUGAGCUGUCGGGUAUUUGCAGCGAUAUUAUGACUGUGAUUGAUGAGCAUCUGAUUCCGGCUUCUACGGCUGGUGAAUCCACUGUUUUUUACUAUAAAAUGAAAGGGGAUUAUUAUCGGUACCUGGCGGAGUUCAAGACCGGCAAUGAGAGGAAAGAGGCGGCUGAUCAGUCUCUUAAGGCAUACCAGACGGCUUCUACUACUGCAGAGAGCGAUUUAUCCCCCACUCAUCCCAUCCGAUUGGGUUUGGCUUUAAAUUUUUCUGUCUUCUAUUAUGAGAUUAUGAAUUCACCUGAAAGGGCUUGCCACCUUGCAAAGCAAGCUUUUGAUGAAGCUAUUUCAGAGUUGGACACCCUUAGCGAGGAAUCUUACAAAGACAGCACUUUAAUUAUGCAGCUUUUAAGGGAUAACCUUACUUUGUGGACUUCUGACAUCCCUGAGGAUGGAGAAGACCAGAAGAUGGAAAGCUCUGCCAAAGCUGGUGGAGACGAUGAGUGAAAAGCUGAAGAGAGGAGAGCCUCACAGCCCUUUAUUGUGUGAACAGGGAUAAAGGAUGAUUCCUAGGCUCUCUGGUGUUUUCUGGAUUACAGAGGAUUUCAAAAUUCUCUCCUUUGUUGUACCUUAUUGUUGUCUGGUAUUGUUCUUAAUAUUCUGUAGAUGUCGGGACAAUUAUCAGAGUUUUUCAUUUGCAUCCCCCUAGCUUUUCUCCUCUCCGCCACUCUCGGACGGACUUUAGAAGGAUUGGCGUGGUUGCUUUUAGGUUGCUUUCAUUUCAUUUCUUUUUCUUUUCCCCCUUUUUUAUAUUUCUUUUUUCUCUUUUUCUGCCCCCUUUUUUUCAAACUUAAAAUGCAGCAUAGUUCAAAUGAGACUCUUAUGAUUUGGCUUGUCUCCAUUUUUUCUACUUCAA